GCGAGGUGGAGGGAGGGAGGGGAAGGGCCGCAGAAAUGUCAAACUACUUCACUUGAUGCAAGAUGGAUUCCCUCUCUCUCUGUGAUCCAUUGCAUUGUUGAUAGUAUUUUUUAAUUAGCCGUCUUCUGUAGUAUUUCACAGUUAAGUGUUUCUCUCCUGACACAACAAUGGACUCUAACAUCAUGGAGAUAAUAGAGGAAUUCAUGGAAAGUGCGUUGGCGCAAUGGGUUCAGCUGUUUGAGAAGAUGGUGGAGAGGGAAGACGGCGUCCCGCUCUACAGCCAAUACAUGGAAGUAAACUCAAUUUCCCAGAGUGCCCGGGAUCGUUACAUGAGGCUGACCAAUGGGAUUUUCCUCAAUGAGAUCAUGAGGGUCAUAGACCCGAACCCCAAGGUGGAGCAGCUGUACAACAGCGAGAGAGACGAUCACAUGCUGAGAGUCCAAAACUUUUCCAUUUUAAAUCGACACAUCAGAGCCUUCUACCAGGAAGACCUGCAGCAGUUGAUACUGAUGCCUCUACCAAACGUCGCCAUUCUGGGUCAGGACCCCCUGACAGAGGCAGCCGUGGAAGAGCUCAGGCGGCUGCUGCUGCUCUUACUGGGAUGUGCAGUGCAGUGUGAGGAGAAGGAGACAUUCAUUCAGCAGAUCCAGUCUCUGGACAUUGAGACCCAGGCAGCCAUAGCCAGCUGUAUCCAGCAGGUGACUCAGGAUCCUCGCAUGGUGCUGCCGCUGCGGUGGGAGGAGCUGGUGGAGGCUGAAGGCGCAGACUUACAGCUGGCGUUCAGCUCCAUGGCCAAACAGAUCCAGAGCCUGCUGGCACAGAGAGACACACACCUGGAGAGGAUAGCAGAGCUGUGUCGGGAGCGGGAGGCCCAGUCUGACUCAACCAUGGCGCCCCUGGGUGGUCACAGCGAGGAGCCAUCCCAAGGUCUGGCACUCCAGCUGGCAGACAGCAAGGCCAAACUCCGCCGCCUUAAACAACAACUGGAAGAUAAAGGUGAUCAGAUAUUGGAUUACAAUCUGGAGAUUCAAACCAUGGAGGAGCAGAUCAAGAAACUUCAAAAAGAGAACCGCUCUCUGCAGGGUGAGGUGAGGGGCAUGCGUGCACUACGGGAUGAGCUGGACUGUGCCCGAGAGCGAGCUGCGCGGGCCGAGCAGCUCCAGACUGAGCUUCAGAGCUGUAAACACAGAUUGCGCAGCCUGGAGCUCACACGCACUCAGCUGAAGGAGCAGCAGCAGCUGUGUGCAGCACUGCAGGAGACCAAGGUUCUUCUGGAAGAACAGCUAGCAGACGCACGGGCACGCUGCUCCUUGCUAAGAGAGCUGGAGAGGGACAACCUUCUGCUGCGUCAGAGGAUCAUAAACGUGGAAGCGGAGCGGGACACUGAGAGGCAGCGAGUAGAUGAGCUACUGGAGAUGAACAUGAGCCUCGAGGCGGACCUGAGGCACUGCAGCAGCGGCGGCAGCGUUCCCGCUCCAGUCGCUGCGGAUCACCUACGUUUCCUCCAAUCAGAACUGGAGUCGGACGAGGAGCCAAGCGAGCUGAUUGAUCAGAAGCCGCUGAGUGUGGAGGUGGGCGAGGCUUCGACACUGAUGCUGCUGGGAGCAGAGCAGGAGAAUGCAGAGCUGAGGAGACGACUAGAGGAGCUGCAGGCCCACCAGGAGGCUGAUUCUCUAGAUGCAAAGGAUGAGCUGGCUUGCCUAGAGACGGAGCAUCAGAACACUCUAAGAGAGUUUCAAAACUUGAAGAAUGAAAAUGCCACUUUGAAGCAGCACCUGGAACAACUGGUGACCAAACUGCAACACCUAGAGGAAAAGACGAAGGAGGAGGGAGUGAAGAAGCCUGACAGAGAGGAGGAGGUGGAGAGAGGAGUCCAGGGCUCUGAAUCCUGCAGGGGAGAGGGGGAAGGAAGGGUGAAGGUGAUGGGGGUGAGGGAAAGAAGAGAAGAAGUCAUUGGGACCCAUAGGGAAGCAGGAGUUGGGGAAGAAAUUCUCCAUGUUGAAGGGGAAAAAGGAGAACCAUGUGAUGAGGAGGUCGAGUCCAAGAGGAGAGGAGAGGCAGAGGGAGGCCAGAAAGACAAAGAGAAGAAGGAGAAAGAAACACAGAUAAAUCAAGAACAGACUGCAGAAACAACAGAGAUCCAAAAUCACCAAAAACAUGUAGAAGAUAAUACGGAGACAACAGCUGUAGACCAGGUUGUUUGUUCCCUGUCUGGUCCUGAUGUGGAGCUUCUGACAAACCGGCUCCAGGAGGCCCAGGAGGAGGCUGACAGACAGGCGAUGGUGGCCCAGGACCUGCGCUCCAAGCUGGGGGAGCAGAGUAGGAAGACCUGGGAGGCUGAGCAGAGGCUGGUGGUCCUGGAGGCCGAGCUGCAGCGUCUGAAGAAAGCUGCAGAGAGUCUGGGAGAUGCCCGCAGGCAGAUAGAGGUUCUUCAGUCGGAGGGUUUGGUCAUGGAGGAGGAGCUGUGCCGCCUGCGGAGCCAAGCGGAGCUCCACAGAAUGCAGACCACGGUCAUCGCCACCCUGGAGGGAGAGCGGGCCGCACUGGAGAGAGACAGGGACACGCUACGCAGCACCAUGGAUGCUCUACGCACCGCCCAGCGCAAGAGCGACCAGUUAGAGCUCACCACUCAGACUCUCAGGGCAGAGGUAGAACGACAAGGUCGGAGUCUGGAGACUUCUCGCCGCCGGGAGGAGGAGCUGGAGGCAGAGCUCCGCGAGGCCACCGUGGAGGCCGAAUCUCUGGCCCGGGCACGAGACCAGGCACUGCUGGAGGCAUCCAGGCUGGAGCAGGAGAAGGAGGUGUGUCAGUCGGAGCUGGACGGCCAGCGGAAGGAGGGGAGACAGAGAGAGAGGGAGGCAACGAGGCUGAGGCAGCAGCUGGAGAGCACGACCCUCGCCCUGGAGCACAGCAACCAGAGAGCUCGGGCUCUGGACGCUGAACACAGACAUGUGUGUCAGCAGCUGUCUGAAUCGAAGGAGCUCUGCACUCGGCUGCAGGACCUGGAGAAUGAGCACAGCACUCGAUUAAGCAGCAUGGAGGAGGGUAAACAGCAGCUGCAGGAGCAGUACGCAGAUGCUCAGGCCAAGAUUAGCUCACUGUCCCAGGAUCUAUCCAACGAGCAGGCUCAUUCCCAGAAGCUGUCCACUGAAGUCGAACGUCUGAACCAGAAACUACAAAAAGCUGAGGCUGAACUAAAGACAACAACUGAUUCUCUCAGCCAAUCACAGGAGAGAAUAGAGUCGCUCUCCCAGAGCCUUAAGAAAAGUGAAUCUCUUCUCCAAAAGAGAAGUGCAGAAUUGGACGCUAUGUCUAAUUCAAAUUCAGACUCCUCAAGCAAAAUGCACAUUUGUCAGAUGCAAACCCAGGAGACGUCACAUCUGGAUCAAUCCCCCGCAGCUGGCAAAGGUCAUGACCUUUCACUGACCCAUGAUUAUGCCACAGGAGAGACGGAGAGGCAGCUGAGUGAGAGGUUGAUAGAGCUGGAAAGAGAGAAAGCGGUGGCGGUUGCUGGACAGGAGGCUUUGCUGUCGCGGUUGUCUCAGUCCCAGGAGGCGUGUGAACACCUGAAGGAACAGCUGGAGUCUCUGCGCCGACACUCCCUCAGCCUGCAGGACUCCUGCACCAGUCUACAGACACUCAACACCCAGCUACAGGUGGAGCAGGCAUCUCUAAACUCCCAGCAUGCAGCAAUGCUGGCACGCUGCAGUGAGAGCGAGGCCCGGUGCGCGGCUCUGGAGGCCGAGUCCAAGGUGUGGGCGAGGGAGCGGGAGGAGUCAGUGGCCAGGAUGGAGGCUCAGAGACGGGACCACGAGCGGAUGAUGGCUCUGCAGCAGCGGCAGGAGGUGGAGCUGGAGGAGCUGCUGGACAAACACUCUCAGCUGAGGAGCAACAACCGCAGCCUGGAGGCCCAGCACAGGGAGCUGGAGGCCAGGUACAAGGAGCUCCUGGAUGGCAAGACUCAGCUGGAGGAGAGAGAGCGCGAGAUAAAGAUGGAGAAAGAGGCAAUGGAAGCAGAGGCACAGAGGAGGCUGGAGAGAGAACGAGAGCUUGAGAGGCUGAAAGAAGAAAAUGAGAGGCUGCAGGCCCAGCAGAAGGACGGGUUGGCGUCACAGGCAGAGCUGCUGGCUCAGGGCUCGGUGCUGAGGGGGGAGCUGAGCGCCUCCCAGCUGGAACGGACGCGACUGGAGGGGGAGCUGAGUGCCCUGAGGGAAACCAACCAGAGCCUGGACCUCAGCAGCGCCCGCCUCACCAGCCAGUACCAGCUGCUGACACAGCUGAAGGGGAACAUGGAGGAGGAGAAUCGACACUUAGCGGAGCAGAACCAGAGUCUACUGAAGGAGAACCGAGCUUUACUGGAGCAGAGCCUGGAGCGCCGUGACCAGCACUACUCACAGCAGAGGGAGUACCAGGAGAAGCUGAGCGAGCUCCGUCGGGAGAAGCAGAAACUGGUGGAGAAGAUUAUGGAUCAGUAUAGAGUCCUCGAGCCCAGCAUGCAACCUCCAGCCAGCAAAGCCAAGAAAUCUAACUGGAUUGCAGACAGGAUGAAGAAGCUAAUCAAACCCCGGGGAGUGGGAAAAGAGGGACGUGCCCUCUUCACCGCCGCGGGCAGUGUGGAAAACCUGGCCGACAGCACUGAAUUUACAUCAGACACACACACACCUCACCCUGACCCCCGCAGCGCUCCAGUCUCUCCCUCUCCCGCGAGAAAAGCCCCAUCCCAGACAGAGCCGGACAUCUCAUCGCCAGGGACUCCAGCCAUGCGCUCCGGCUCCGGGGGCCGUCGAAAGCUGGGAUCCCGUCACGGCUGGGGGCUUGGGUUGGCCAGAGGAAGCUCUGAAGUCUCCCAGUCCUUCAGUCCUGGUGACCACAAAACACAGCCCCGCCUGCGGCUGCGCUCCAGCCAGAACGCCUCCACUGUCCUCUGGGAGGGACAGAGAAGCGAAACAAACAAACCCCAGGCAGCAGACGCACUGCUGAGCAGUCAGGAGAGUGUCGGGGAGGAUGAAGGCAGAGACAAUCAACAAUCCAGUGAUGAUACCGCGACGACCUGAGACAGAGCUGCAGCCGACUCUCAAUUAAAAACAACUGUUUUUAUAUUAUUUGCUCUUGGCACACUGUUUUGUAUGGAUGACUAUUUCAAAUAUGAGAUCCUCCUAGUAUUUUUGAAUACAUGAAUGAAUAAAUCCUUCUGUCAAUGAUUUGCAGUGUUGCUGAGGUGUGAAGGGGAAGAACAGCCUCUUUAGUAUGGAGCCCCAAAACUGACCAGAAGUUGUAAAGCGCUAUCAGACGAGUCAGUCAUAAGACAUCACUUUAUUCAUUCAUUCAUUCAUCUUCUAACCACUUCAUCCUCUUGAGGGUCGCGGGGGGGGUGCUGGAGCCUAUCCCAGCUGACAUCGGGCGAGAGGCAGGGUACACCCUGGACAGGUCGCCAGACUAUCGCAGGGCUGACACAUAGAGACAGACAACCAUUCACGCUCACAUUCACACCUACGUUAGAGUUAUCAAUUAACCUAGUCCCCAAUCUGCAUGUCUUUGGACUGUGGGAGGAAGCCGGAGUGCCCGGAGAGAACCCACGCUGACACGGGGAGAACAUGCAAACUCCACACAUGCCCGGGAUCGAACCGGCAACCCUCUUGCUGUGAGGCGAGAGUGCUAACCACCACACCACCGUGCCGCCCGACAUCACUUUAUUAUAUUAUUUAUUUCUCUUUCCACAAAUCAGUUGGUAUGUUACAUUAAAAAUUCAUUGAAAAAUUAAAAUUCAAUAAUUUGUCAUCUUCUAGUUCCUCCAUUUUUGGUCUUGGCACAAAUAUAAUAGUUUAUUCACACACAACAUUUGCACCAACACAGGAGGCCACUGUUCGUUCCGAUAGUCGCUCUUACCAAGAGUCAACAUCAGUUUCUUUUAACUAUAGUCACGAUCAUCCCCUGACCUUAGCAAAAUGCAUUAUGCCAUUUAAUUUGAAGGAGCAGUUUGAAGUCAAGAUCACUGUCCUGCUUGCUAGCUUAACUGCAAAUACUGCUAGCUAAAUGCACUGAGCACCAGCCUCACCUAGCUACAUAGCUGAAGCUAACUAUAAUCAUUAAACUACAACAGACAGUAAUGUUUAUCACCCAUAUACCAAACUACAUUCUGCUGUAGGAUCACUGAAACUAACAGUAGCUGAAACAUUUUAGCUUGCAAGCUAACACUAAAAAGUUAGCAAGGUAAUACCAGGCCCUCAGGAAGUGCGCCAGGCUUUGAAGCCAAUUUUCAUCGUGGGCAAACAGCGAUACUGCAAUUUCUGGGAUCCAUCACAAGUCAAGUUUGUGAAUCAGUGGAUACAUUAUUUUGAGUAACACAACCCCCGGGAAAAGUCUUGUUUUUAUAUCAGGAUUCGAUCCAUUUGGUCUGAUAACAUUUGGAUAGUCUUGAAGAGCAACAAGAUUAAAUUGUUUUAUUCCUAUUUAAGUUAACAGAGUGCUAAACCCAAAGUAGCCGGCUUAGCUAGCGGAAAUCUCUCGUGUGCUUGCUCUAUGGGCCCAGUGAUG